UGUUGGAGGGGCAGCCAGGAUUGCAGCUAUCUGUCUCUUUUCAUGCCAGCCUGGAUGGGAGGCUGUUUGGACACAAUGAUUACUCACCAGCCUCCUUUUGUCUGCCAGCCCAGCCUGACUCCUCGAGAUUGUGAAUAGCUCCAUCUAGCCUGUGAAGAGAGCUGGAUGCUGGACAGCUGAGCCAGGCCACUCCACUCCCGGAUAGCGCUACAGACCCAUGCUACAGCUGGAGCCCUCCUCUGGGGUGGGGGGCCGCUGGCCUGGCCUCCUGCCCAUGCUCCUGGCUCUCCUUUGCACGGCCUGGGCAGAGGUGCUGCCGCUCCAGCUAUGGGAGAAGCAGGCUCCAAUGCCUGGAGGUCCUCCCACAUAUGCCACCAUCCUCCCGUCCCACCUUAGGUCUUGUUUCCUAAGGGCAGCCCUGAGCAGGAAGGAGAGUUUCCUGCUCCUCUCCCUGCACAACCGCCUGCGCAGCCAGGUGCACCCCCCUGCAGCCAACAUGCAGAGAAUGGACUGGAGUGAGAGCCUAGCCCGACAGGCUCAGGCAAGGGCAGCCCUCUGUGGUGCCCAGGGCCCACGCCCAGUGUCCACUCACCGGGCCACCUCACAUGUGGGCUGGAACGUGCAGCUGCUGCCUGCGGGCGCAGCGUCCUUCGUCCAUGUGGUGGGCCUGUGGUUUGCAGAGGGCCAGCGCUACAGCCAUGCAGCGGCCGAGUGUGCCCACAAUGCCACCUGCACGCACUACACUCAGCUUGUGUGGGCCACCUCGAGCCAGCUGGGCUGUGGGCGACAUCCCUGCUCUGGGGACCAGGCCGAGAUGGAAGCCUUUGUCUGUGCCUACUCUCCUGGAGGCAACUGGGAGGUCAAUGGGAAGACAAUCGUUCCCUAUAAGAAGGGCGCCUGGUGUUCGCUCUGCACGGCCAUCGUCUCGGGUUGCUUCAAAGCCUGGGACCAUGCCGGGGGACUCUGUGAGGUCCCCAAAAACCCAUGUCGCAUGAGCUGCCGGAACCACGGACAUCUCAACAUCAGCACCUGCCACUGCCACUGUCCCCCUGGCUACACGGGCAGGUUCUGCCAAGUGCGGUGCAGUGUGCAGUGCGUGCACGGCCGGUUCCGGGAGGAGGAGUGCUCCUGUGUCUGUGACAUCGGCUACGGGGGAGCCCAGUGUGCCACCAAGGUGCACUUUCCCUUCCACACCUGUGACCUAAGGAUCGAUGGAGACUGCUUCAUGAUAUCUUCAGAGGCAGACACCUAUUACGGAGCCAAGAUGAAAUGCCAGGGAAAGGGCGGGGUCCUAGCCCAGAUCGAGAGCCAGAAAGUACAGGACAUCCUCGCCUUCUACCUGGGCCGCUUGGAGACUACCAACAAGGUGACCGACAGCGACUUUGAGACCAGGAACUUCUGGAUCGGGCUCACCUACAAGACCGCUAAGGACUCUUUCCGCUGGACCACCGGGGAGCACCAGUCCUUCACCAGUUUUGCCUUCGGGCAGCCUGACAACCAGGGAUUUGGCAACUGCGUGGAGCUGCAGGCCUUGGCCGCCUUCAACUGGAACGACCAACGCUGUAGAACCCGAAACCGCUACAUCUGCCAGUUUGCUCAGGAGCACAUCUCCCGGUGGGACCCAGGGCCCUGAGAGGGCACUGCCUCCUCCGCCACGCCUGGGUGCACCAGCCCCGCCUGCCCGUCUGCC